UAUAUCGAUCAUAUGAGUUAGUCAUUCGACAUUAGUUCUGGGUGUAUUAUAAAUUUUAAAAAAUGAAUAAAGUAAACAUACUAACGGCAUGUUGUAACCUUCACAAGUCAGAUAAGAUAAAGUGAAGGUAGAUAAUUCUUAAGCUUCGAUAUCUUUAUAUCUUAGUUCGCAGAUUACAAAUGGUCAUGAUUAUAUAUCAAAAACAUUUUGAAUUUUGAAUUUAAUUCAAGCUGAUUUAGUAUUAUAUUAAUAAAAAUUAUAAAAAAGCAUCAAGCAUUUAAAGCUAAAUGUAUGAAAUGUAAAAGUACAACCGAUUUUAAAUCAGUCUGAUUUUCAUAAUUUUACAGCAAAAUAUCUACAUAUCUAAAAUCUACUCAGAAAUAUACAUUUUAACAAAUUUUGAUCAGUCUUGAAUUAAAUGUUUUUCGUAAGAUAAAAAAAAAAAAAAACAUUCAAACACUUUCCCGCUUAAAAACAUAUAUGUCUGAAUCAACGUUUGAAUUUAUCACAUUCCAAGUGAAGUGACCAAUCUGUUAUCACUAACUAAACAGAUAGGACUAUCUAAUUCUUCUAUCACCACGAUGACGACGCGGUCUAGUGUUUGACCGGAAAAUGGCGACAGCCACGGUUAUUCAAAUUUAUUUGACUUGGAUUGUUUUUGCAUUUGUUUUAUUCUUAUCAUUUUCUAAAGGCGAAGGAGAAAUAUUUCCACAAACUGGACAACACGUGACUAGAAAUGAAGACAACACUAAUCACGAAGUCACACUUCCGUCUAACAUCAAGUUUCCGUUCAUGGGAACAAUCUACAAAAAACUCUAUGUAUCUAAGGAUGGUCUUGUUGGAUUUACUCCAGGGACUCUACAUCAAACAGAAAUAUUUACUGACACUCUUACCCAAGGUGACCCGGCUUUUGUUGCUCCAUAUUAUUUUCCUGCACAGGACAUUGGUUCUAACUUGAAUGGCAAGCCAUACACUGGUCAAGUUUUGUAUAGAGAAGGAUCUGAUGUUCCGCUAGGGGAAUUAUCAAACUACUCCUCUAUCAUCCAGGAAUCUAUGGUUGGGUUAGAAUACCAGUUCGAGGCUUCAUAUGCUUUGGUGGUCACGUGGAAGGAAGUCAUUUCUAAAACGAACGUUUUGAACAGUUGUAAUCCAUGCAAGAAUAAUACAUUCCAAUUGGCAAUGUUGACCGAUGGUACUUCGAGUUUCGCUAUAUUUAAUUAUGUGAAAAUGGAUAUUACAACAGACCGUUUUACUCAGUCUGGUUUUAAUGCUGGUGAGGGACGGGGAUAUACAACUGCAUUAAAUGCUGACAAAUUGAAAUAUAGCUGGAAUACUUACGGCAGUGAUUCGAAGGGGAUGUAUAUCUUCAGAAUAGAUAGGGAAAAAAUACAACACGGGGGAUGCUCUCCCGAGACAAGAGGUGUCCUGAACAUUUAUCCAACAUUUGCCGGAAUGCUCGGUGGUAAAAUGCUGGAUAUAUCUGGUCCAUGCAUGCAAUUAAACGAACUCAGAACACAUGUUAAGUGUAGAUUUGGAGAAGACAACAGUUUGGUCACAUACGGUUAUAAGAUUAAUUCAAUGAAAGCACGAUGUUCUGUACCAAGAAUGUCCGUACGUGGAUGGAUAUCUGUGGAAAUGUCAGUCAACAACAAACAAUAUUCACACAAAACAAAAAUAUUGAUAGUUCAUCCUGUCAGAGUAUCAAAGGGGGAGAAAUUACAUUUACCAUACAUGGGAAAAGGACAGGGAUGGAACGAGACACAUACAACCCAGUUAACUUUGCAGUGGAACAGUUCUUUGCUGACAGAUAAUGAAAAUGCAAAUGUUAACAUUUCUUUGAUGGGUUAUAAGGAAAAUAAUAAUGGGAUAACCUGGGCAAAUCUAAGAAGUAUAGGAACUGUUCGUGCAUCAGCCGGGCAGUUUACAUUUCAGACCAAUGAUAUAAGUUGCAUAGGUCCUGUUUGUGACGAGUAUGAAAUUGGAAUUGUUAUGGCUGAACUACAAGAUAUAAAACAAGCAACAUUCUACAGAUUUAUAGUCAGUAAAGUAAUAGCCCUAGGAUUUUUUGUUAACAACGCCAUGGUCAUGAAUCUGGGUGACAAUUGGCCGAGCCAAAAAUGUAAGACUUGGUAUGAUCAGGACAGACAGGAUAUGAGUUGGCUGAACAAAGUAGUGAGAUGUCCUUGCACACUGGUACAAGCACUUAGUGAUAUAGGAAAUUUUUUUGCUGAUUUUGGAUGUUACCUUUAUGAUAAUAGAACCAGUAAAUGUAGAUACCACGAGGGAUCUGUUCAUUGUGUGCGAUCUGUUCAACCUUCACAAACCGGUGCUGGAAACCAGUGUUGUUAUGAUGCCGAAGGUAAUCUCAGAUAUUCAUCUGAUAGCUUUCAAGGAAGUACACCAGAUAGAAGCCAUGCUGGAGGUGCUUAUCCUUAUGGUAAAACUGGACUUGUUCCCGACAUGUCCCACUGGGUAAGAGAUGUUGUUACGUUCUAUCAAUGCUGUUUGUGGAAUGAAAACAGGGAUUGUGAUUAUUACAUGGAUCAGCGGUCAACCCGAGACUGUAAAGGAUAUAAUCCACCAACACCAGCGAUGGUGUUUGGUCAAGGUCAUAUUGAAACAUUUGAUGGGUUACAUCAACGUAUGUGUGGUCAUGGUGAUUUCCUGUUGAUGAAUACUACGUUACCGGAUACUAGUGUUGUCACGGUUCAAGGACGAUUUUACGAAAACGUUUUCCCAAAAAUUGUUGGUGAAAGAGGAAAUACCUCCGUCAUGUUAACCAAUGUAGGCAUUCGUGUUGUUCGUGGUAGUACUACAGAGACUGUAGAAAUAAGACUAAAAUUACCAACAGCAGAUAGAAGUGAACGUUAUCUUGAUGUCCUUGUCAAUCAGCAAUAUCAUUUCUUUGAUAAUAAACCAUCUUACUGGCAAGACUUUAACUCUUUCAUGGUGGUGAACACGGAUGAGACAGGUAUGGAAUCAAACUUCACUGUUCAUCUAAAGGAUGGACUAGCUAUUCAAGUAGCUGAUUGUGACCGGACAUUAUGUGUUGUAGUUAUAGCACCACCUUCACUUCAGGGAAAAGUACAAGGUCUUCUAGGAAACUUUAAUGGAAAUGCUACAGAUGACCUACUUAAUGUAAAUUAUACAGUUACUGCACAGAUUGAUAAUAACUCAUUGGAUGAUUUAACGCUUUAUCAGAUGUUCAAAUAUCCAUGGGCAGCACAAAAGAAAGACAGUGUAUUACCAAUGUACGUCGAUCCAAGUUAUGACCCACCAAUUUGUUCAGUGAAACAACCAAAGAGACUAGCACUACAAGAAUGUAACAAUAAUAAGCCGUGUAUGUUUGACUAUAAAGCUACUGGUGACAAGGAAAUAGCAAUGAAAACUAAAUCAAAGUCUAUGAGAAUAAAUGAGCUUCGACGUUUUCUAACUCCAGUUAGGACCUGUGGACUACUAGAUAUUCCACGAGGUGUUAAGAGUGACACGAAUUAUAAACUCGGACAGACAGUUACUAUAAAGAGUUGUAGAGUAGGAAACUUACAGGGUGAUGACAAAACAUACAGAUGUUCAGCAACCAGUGAGACUUCUCAGACAUGGUCUCCGUCGGUUAAUGCCAAAUGUUCUGAUACAGUUGAAACAGCCGAUACUGGUAUGAUAAUUGGAAUUGUUGUUGCUGUCGCUGCUGUAAUUGUUAUUCUCAUAGUUGUUGUUAUUAUUAUCAAAAAGUUUGGUAGAACUAGAGAUUAUGAUUCCAGUAAAGGAAAAUAUGGAUCGCCUUCUAACCCGGUUACAGAUGGAAACGAGGAGUUUAGUGCAAAUUACAGGCGAUCACAUAAACCAACUAAAUUACCUACUGAUGAGGGAGAGAAGUAAACGAGCUAGUCAGGAAUACAGUUUAAAUUAACAUAGUAACAGUCAUUAUGUGUAUGGUUUGCUAAGGUUUAAAGUUGAUUGAAUGGAAGUGAAACAAUAAUAUACUGUAAACAGAUUUGAUGAAGGCAUGUCUCUAAAUGUUAGAUUGUAUGAUAGACGACGGAAAUUGUUUGUUUUCAGAAUUGAGGUGAAAAUAUUGAAGUUAUUCUUUAACAAAAAUUACUGUGUCUGCAUGUGUCAAAUAGGCCUUCAUUGGAAGUAUUAAAUAUCGUAUGAUACUAUGGAAUGUAUUGAAUCAGAACUCUCAGGGACAAAAUGCAAUCAUUAAAUUUAAGCAUGAUUAACAGUUAUCAUAGACAAUAUCGCAAUAUUAUUGUAAAUAUCCAUUAUGUAUCGUUGUAUCAAGGGUAACAUGACUGUAUUCUUAAGAACACUUAAAUUGCAUUAGAACUUUAAUACUAGUAUUUUAAUAAAUCUUUUAUUAUCGUUCGGAAAAUUAGAAAAACUAAGCUGAAUAUACAUGACUUGUUGAUUUAUUGUUUGAAAUCGCUUUUGAUAACAAAGUUUUUACUUUCGUGUCCUUUUAUCGUUAAAUGAUUUAUACGUGAUACUAUUAACAUAGCUUUAUCUCAUGUCAUACUUUGAGUAUCUCUGAAUAUUUUAAAUACAUUUUACUUGUAAAUGUCUACAUGCAUUUCAUUUUUGUUUAUUUAUUACAAAUUAAGCACUAAAUCUAUAUUUUUUUUAUACUUAGAUCAGAUACGCAAAUAUUUUACAGUUAUUUUGCCGUACCUUUUUAUUGCAAAAAUGGGAACGAGAUGAGUGUUUUCUAACUAAAUGACAUGUAUGUUUAUGUGCAUUAGAUAGAAUUCUAGAGCUUUUCAAAACUAAAUUAUCGUUUUAGGUAAGAAUCUUAUAAGCCUUAAUAUAUAAUAGGUUUCAUAGUAAUACUAUUAUCGAGAAAGGCAGCAUUAGUACUGAAUUUGAUAAACAUCAUCUCUAUGUUGGUCAUGCAUUUAAUGUUAUAUGUCAUGGCAUCAAUAAUUCAUUGAUUAAAAUAUGUAUAACACUGU